CUUCUCUCCCCACGUGUCUGUCCUUAAAACAAAUAUCACUGGAGUGAUGGGGAUUUUGACAGCCUGAAACAAGGUUUAUUCACACCUUUGUACUUCUGAUGACAGAGUUAGACCUCAGACGAAAGUUAACUGCACAAGACAGAGCACUUUUUCCAUCAUAGAGAGGAGGGCACCUGCAAAGAAGACCAGCAGUGGGUGAAGCUGUCAGCCUGGAGGCUGGGGUGCCACAGGAAGUGGGAGAUGGGGGGAAAAAAUGCCAGUUAGGGAGCACCAAGGACUGCAGAAACCCCACACGGGGCUGCUGUGCUAGUGUGGGAGGUGGGCUGAGUCUCUUUCAUUUGCUGGGAGAGGGAAAGCUUUCCAGACAGAAAGCUUUGGUGCCUCUGCUUUGGCACUAAUGAGGAGGUUCGCUCCUCUCAUCGCAGCGCUAAUGAGAGAUUACAGCCCCCGCGCAGCUUUGAGACCAGAGUCAAGUUGCAUCAAAGCCCCAGUCCAAAUUAAGGGCCUUUCCCAGUGGCUGGUAUUUUACAGCCCAGUGGCCAAUUUCUAGAUCAUAGAGGCCAAUUAUUCCCGAAGCCUUUGGUGUGCAACUAAUGAAGGUCUGGAAGACCCUUUCAAAUGGUUCUAAGCCCUGUAGGCAGCUGAGAUUUAAUGGAGGUGGCAGGCACAAUUAGCCAUCCAUAAUUCCUCCUAGCAGCUGAUUAAAGUCUCUUUAUCCAUCUUACCGAGAUCAGAAGGCCACAUACUUGGGAAAUCAAAAAUGCAUUAGGGGCUGUCAGCUGGUGCUGGGGACCCUGCGCUUUGAGCCUGUAGCUGAUGACACAUAUUGAUCUUGCAGGAGCAUUUGCACCAAGCCAUGGCAUGUCCACCCCAUUCAGGGGGGGAUAGGCCCCUUGUCCCUGGGUCCCCAGCCUGGGGGCAAUGCCCGUUCCCUUGGGUGGUCUUGGGAGAAUCCCCCCCGUGGUACCUCCCUGCCAGCCCCAUGGAGGCGGGGGUCAGAGCCCCACUCCCACCCCCACAGGGACCGCUGGAGGGGGACAGAGUGGAACACGCUUCUCUGGCCAAGCUCCAGCCCAGUCCUCUCCUGGACUGUUGAGAGAUGGAGGAAGGUGAGGGCCGACCGCUGCUGGGGCUGCGGAACACAGGCAGUGCUGGGCUCUCCUCUGCUGGUGCCGUCUUCAUCAUGCUCAAGUCUGCGCUGGGUGCCGGGCUGCUCAGCUUCCCCUGGGCGUUCAGCAAGGCUGGGGGUGCUGUGCCUGCCAUCCUGGUGGAGCUGGGCUCGCUGGUGUUCCUGGUGAGCGGGCUGGCGGUGCUGGGCUACGCGGCGGCACUCAGCGCCCAGCCCACCUACCAAGGCGUGGUGCGGGCGGUGUGCGGCCCGGCGGCGGGGAGACUCUGCGAGCUCUGCUUCCUUGUCAACCUCUUCAUGAUCGCCGUGGCUCUGCUGCGGGUGGUGGGCGACCAGCUGGAGAAACUGUGCGACUCGCUGUACCCGCCCGGCGCGCUGAGCGAGGGCUCCCCGUGGUUCGUGGAUCAGCGCUUCACCCUCCCGGCGCUCUGCGCCCUGGUCAUCUUCCCGCUGUCCGUGCCCAGGGAGAUCGGCUUCCAGAAGUACUCCAGCAUCCUGGGCACGCUGGCCGCCUGCUACCUCACGCUGGUCAUCGUCCUCAAGUACCACCUGCAGGGUGGGAGUCUGGGACUCCCGCAGGCCGCCCGGCCCCCCAGGGCCUCCUCCUGGGCCUCCAUGUUCAGCGUCAUCCCCACCAUCUGCUUCGGGUUCCAGUGCCACGAGGCCUGCGUGGCCAUCUACAGCAGCAUGCGCAACCAGAGCUUCUCCCACUGGGUGGCCAUUUCUGUGCUCUCCAUGCUCAUCUGCCUCCUCAUCUACUCCCUCACUGGGCUCUAUGGCUACCUGACCUUUGGCGGGGAUGUGGCCCCCGACAUCUUGAUGUCCUACCCCGGGAACGACCCUGUUGUCAUCGUUGCCCGCCUGCUCUUUGGUGUCUCCAUCGUCACCAUCUACCCCAUUGUGGUGCUGCUGGGACGGUCAGUGGUGCAGGACCUGUGCGCAUACCCCAAGCUCAGGGCUACACUUGUGUCUGAGAGGCACGAGUGGCAGAGCCGGGUGGCACUGACCAUCUCAUGGAUGGCUGCCACACUCGCCAUCGCCUUGUUUGUCCCUGACAUCGGCAAGGUCAUCGAGCUCAUUGGCGGCAUCAGUGCUUUCUUCAUCUUCAUCUUCCCAGGACUGUGCCUGGUGUGCAUGACGGGGACACAAGCCAUUGGGGCACCCAAAAAGGCUGUGCUCAUCACCUGGGGUGUCGUCUCUGUGCUGGGGGGCACCUUUGUGUGCGGGCAGAGUGCUGCCCUGGCUGUGAUGGGGCUGCUGCGUUGAGGGGAUGUGUAGCCCCAUGUCUUCCCACAUCCCCCACCACCCUAUCCCAGACACAGCCACACUGCAGCUGGCUCCCGUCAUGGUUUAUUCAGUAUUAUUAAUUCUGUUGUUCUAUUGUUAAUAAACUCUUGG